AUAGACUAAUGUUUGACAGAUAUGUCAUAACAGAAAUUCUGCUUGGUUUCCGAAAUUUAUAAGACAACGUAAAUAAAUAAAAUAACAGACGGAUUUCAGGGAUAGGAAAUGGGAUACAACCGAAAAAUUUCAUAUUCAUUUGGAAAUAAGUUGUCAAGUUAAUUUAAACAAGAGAAAAUUGAUUACUGCAACUCUACGGUUUCAUAGUUUUUAAGGGAUUUAUUUCGCGAACUCGAUGGGAUCAAUAACAAGUUUGUAUAUAACAAACUGGGAUGUUGAAAUAUAGUAUUAAAUACUUUUUUCAUAUAAUAAUGUCAAAGCAUAUCAAACGCAACCAUAAUAUUCAUUCACUUUCAUCUUUAAGACAAGUGAAUCCGGCUUAUUUUGAAUCUUCUGGAAGCUGCCAUCUAGACAUUGCAACCCCUUUGAGAGAUAAUCAUGAUAUUUUCGGGGAAGUGAUUGAAGAAGAAUAUUCACCACCUUUCUAUAAACCCAAAUUUGAUCCAAGAAAAGAAUCCAUUUCACCUCCAUUCUUUAAGUCAAAACUACCAUUCAAAAACUUACCAAAACUCAAUAAUGAUUUAGAAACUGAAUCAAUCAUUUCUGGAAUAAGUGAGGUGAAGUUAAUAAAGAGUCUCUCAAGCUCUCCUAGUUGGAGUGAUGAUAAUGAUGUAGAUGGUUGUAGACGGGUUCAAGAUGAACUGGAACAAAUGGAUAGAGUACUUAGAGGAAUCGAUCCCAUUCCUUUACAUUAUGAUGUUGAUGAAUAUAAGCAAUGGAUGGAAACAUUUCCAACAUUAAGUUUUUUUGGAAAGAAAGAAUAUGGACCCUAUAAAAUAUGGAAGGAUUAUAUUAAAGAUGAACAUACUACAACAGAAAAAAAUUCAAAUACUGAGUUUCUACCUUGUGCAAGUUUAAUACAAUACAAAAAGGAGAUUAAAAAGGCUGUGAUACAUAAUAUUUAUGAAAAUAUAUCCAUAAGACUGAACAAUGGUUCAACUCCACCUUCAUCUUCAGAUUUCAAGAAAAAACAACAUAAAAUGGAGGAUGUUAAUAAGACACAGAUAUACUUGAAUGAUUGUCUUAAAAAUUCGCCAUUUUCAGAUAUCGUUAGGGAAAAAUACACUAAAAAUUGUUUCGUCAGUAGACAUAAUUCUCGAGAAGAUGAAAAAUGUCCGUCCCCUAGCUUCGAGUCAUUGCCAAUAAUGGUGGAAGAGUCCACAAGAAGUAGUGAGAGAUCAUUGAAUAGAUAUAGAAAUGAAUCUUCAAAUGGUAUUUACAAUAAAAAAUCCAGAAAGAACAUUAUUUUACCUCCAAUUAAAAAUAAUUGGCUACAAAAUUCAAAUCAGUUUAGGUCCAUAUCUGCCACUCCAACAUAUGCAUCUCUACUAUCCACUAAAUCGAUGAAAUUGGAUAGUAAAUUACUCAGUGGGAAAUCUAGAAACAUACCACCAUUUUGAGUGUGAUGUAUUGAAUGAUAUUAAAAUUUGUGUAUAAUAGUUCAAAUUAAAUUAUAAUAUAUUUAAA